ACCCGGGGGUCCCAGGGUUCAUGAGCAGAGCCUCCUGCCUCAUAGCUGCGGGGAAGGUUGACUGAAGUGGACCAGAGAUCUUCAUUUUCUAUAAAGAAAUCAGGCUGCGGCAGGGCCAAACAAAGCCUAGUACAUUGUAGCUCCUCAUGGAGACCUCUGGAGAAGACAACCCCAGUGGCAGAGCAAUGCCCCGGCCCCUGGCACAGAUGCAGAAGGUCGAGCCGCGGGUGGUCCGCAGACGCCUGUCCCAGGCCCGCCACCGAGCCACCCUGGCAGGGCUCUUCAACAGCCUCAGGAAGAUCGUUUACUCCCACUCUGAUCUCACAGCCUCAAAGUGGCAGGUUUUGAAUAAGGCGAAGAAUCAUAUUCAGGAAAUGGAACAAACCUUGGAUAAUCUGCUGAAGCUGAAAGAAUCCUUCAACCUGGAGGAUGGGAAUGUAAACAGCUUAGAGGAGGUCAAGGAAGAAUAUGCCAGCAUGUACUCUAGAAAUCCCAGUCUGAUGUUAAAUACAGUUCAUCAGAAAGGUUCCGACACCUGGUACCCAAUCGAGGCAGUCGGGAAGGAGGCUGAGGAGGAAGAAGAGGAGGAGGAGGAGGAGGACCAGGAAGAGGAGGAAGAGGACAAGGAAGAGGAGGAGGAGGAAGAGGAGAAAAAAGUGGAGCUCUUAAACUCCCCAGUCACCUUGCUGCCAGACCUCUUGGAAUUUGAACGGUACCUGAACUUUUACAAGCAGAUGAUGAACCUUCUGACUGGGAAUGGGAUCGUCUCCUCGCAGGCGGUGACGCUCCCCAUCGUGUCUGCGGCCAUCUCCCACCUGUGGCAGACCCUCUCCGAGGAGAGGAAGGCCAGCCUCCUGCAGGCCUGGACGCAGAAGCACAGCGGCCUCCUGGGCCUCGCGAGGGCCUGUCAGGAGCCGGCCUGUGCCGAGGGCAGCGUGAAGGACAGCGGAGUGGAAAGCCAGGGGGCCAGCUGCUCGCUCGUCUCCACCCCCGAGGAGGUCCUUUUUGAAGAUGCCUUCGAUGUGGCAAGUUUCCUGGACAAAAGUGAGGCUCCAAGUACAUCUAGCUCCAGUUCCAUGCCGGCUGUCUGCAACCCAGAAAAUCGCGAGGAGAAGUUUCAGCUCUACAUGCAGAUCGUCAAUUUUUUUAAAGGCCUUUGCUGUGUUAACACUCAGCUCAAACAGGAACCAGACCUUCCCAUCGACGAUGAGGUGACAAUGUUGCGGUGCACGGAGACGAUUGAUGACGAAGAUCUGUGAUGCAGGAGGGGAGGGAGGAGGGCGGGCAGCCUCCAGGUCUGAAUGCUGGCAGCCCAGGUUGCCCCGCCUCAGCCUUGCAGGACGUUUUGGAGUGGGCUGUCCUGAAAGCGUUUUGAUGGUUGUAGUUUCUGAUUAUUAUAAAGUAUUUAAGAGGAGUGUG